AUAGUAAUCUUUGGCUACAUGCUCGGCGAACGCCAAAAGCGAAAGAAAUGACGAAGUGAGGAUUGUUGGCAUAGUGUUUCAGCCCUAGUGAAACAAUUGCGUUAGUAGCAGUUAAUAAUGUCAGGGGAUGUGCAACCAAGGAAGCGGAAGGAGAAAAGAAGAAAAAAAGAAGAUUCUGAAGAAAUACCAACAAGCUUUUCUAGUGAUGAGCAGCUGCAUGUCCACAAAGAUGCCAGCACAGGAGGAAAUAUUUGUGCCAAGAUACUUUUCUUCCUUCUUUCCUCUGUGUUACUUGUCAUGAUUGGAUUGGUGGUGUUCGAGUACCGUGGAUCUGCUGAUGACGAAACACUAGUUCCUGUCUCAAAAUGGGCUCCUACGUUUGAUGGCUGGUUGGAAACGCCUGUUAAGCAUGAUGAACAUGCAGAUGUAACAGAAAGUGGUGAACAGGAGCUUGGAGAGUCUGAAGAACACGAAAACGAAAGUGCAGAAGAGGAAGAACACUUAAGCGAGGAAGCCGCCUCAAAAGAACAACAACAUGAAGAUGAUGAUGAAGAAGUAGGAGCAAAGGGAAGUGAAGAGGAGGAAACAAAAAGUGCAGAAGAGGAAGAGGAAGAUGAGGAUGAAGAAGCAGAUAAAUUAGAGGAUGAAGAAAGUGAGGAGGCAGAUGAAAAUGAAAUUGAAGACAGAGAUGAUGAUGAUGAAGAAGAAGAAGAAGAGGAGGAGGAGGAGGAGGAGGAGGAGGAGGAGGAGGGAAGUGAUGAAAAUGUGUAUGAACAUGGAAAAAGUGAAGAGGAUAUAGAAGCAGAGAAGGGUGAUGCGGAAGAGGAGGAUGAAGAGGAAGAUGAAGAAUCUGGAAGGGAAGAGCUAGACGAUGAUGAAGAUGAAGAAGACAGAAAGACACCUGCUUAUCAGCACGAGUCAGAUGAGAUAGAUGAUCUUUUAAGUGAAAUUCCAGGAGUAACUGAAAGUGAAGAAGAUGACGAGGGAGAUAAUAGAGGAAGAAGAGAUGAGAUAAUAGAUAAACAACAGAAAGUCACUGGUGUUCAUGAAAAGAAGAUCAAAGCAGUCAGUGAAGAAGAGGCUGAUGUGCCAAGACGGAAACAGGAGGAGGAGGUGUCAGAGACAACCAAACCUGUGGAAGGCACAAGCACAUUUACAGUUGGACAAAAGCCCCAUGAACAACAGAAAAGCCAGGACCAGGGUCAAGCAAAAUUGAAGGCUCAUCAGGCAGCUGUGAAGCAGAAAGGGGCGAAGGAAAAACCAAUUGCAGCAAAACAUGAGAAACGUGAGGCACUACAUUCUCAGGAACAGCCUGCAUUGAAGAGUAAAGGUCACACCCAUUCCACUGAACAGUCUGCAGUGAAGAACAAUGGCUUUCCAUCAGGACCUGGUGAAACUGGUCAGGGCCAGAAAGCUGAAGAUGUCACUACAUCCAAAGUCUCACCAUCAAAAAAGCAAAAAGUUAGUGUAGGGGCCACUAAGGAUGGCCCUUCUGAAGCUACCCUACCAAAGAAGCAGAAAGAUGAUGCAGGCCCAACCUUAAAACAUGAACCUUUGCCCACAAAGCCUUCCAAACCUACUGUUUCAGGAGGGAAGAAUUUCAAAGAUAAAGAUGUACUGUCUGAUGGAGUACAUUCUCCCCCCAAGGCAUCUCGGAUUGGUGACAAAAUAGAGCAUUCUUCAAAACUUGAGAAAUCUGGCACAGUGCAUAAAGUUACUGAACAAUCAUCUCCAACAAAACUAGAUUCAAAUGACAGAGUUUCUGUUUCAAAGUCUCCUCAUGUUGACAAGUCAACUGAAGAAGGAAAAAAGCCACUGGAAAGUAAAGACAACCAGCGCUCAAAAUCAGUGCAUAGUGCAUCAGCUUUUGGUGUCAAAAACAGCAAGUUUGAUGCAAAAGAUGCCCAAACUAUUACUGAUGACUCUGUGAAACUACCUGAUUUGAAAACAGAUGCACAUGGUAAAUUAGCAGCUGCAGGAAAGUCAGAAUCUUUUGGUAAAGCUAAAGCAGCUAGUAAUAGUAAAGAAAAAGAAAGUGUAGGAGUUGAGUCAACUAUAAAGGAAAGUGGCAGUUUGAAUGCCCAGAUCAAGCAAGUGAAAGUUAGCCAUAGCGAAAAGAAAUUGAUGGAGAAGAGAAUGGAAAAUUUGCAUGAAAAUGGCCAUCCUUCCAAUCGAGAAAAGGAAAAUGAGCAAUUUACAUCAAAAUUAGAUCACCAUACUGAAACAGCAAAUCAUGUUGUUGCUAAAGAUUCUAAUGCAGCUCAAGUGCAUGAGGAUUCUAGGGAGUCAAAUGUGAAUGUGGAGAAGCAGAAAGCUAGUUCCUCAGCCACUGGGAAAACAUCUAGAGAUGGGAAUAGUGAAGUACCUGUGACAGUUUCCACUGUGAAAGCUAAGAAAGCAAGUGCUGACUAUACAAAAAACAGGACACCCGAAAAGAAUGGUGACGUAAAUGCUGCAAGGAAAAGAAGCGGCAACGAUUAUACACCACCUGAGAGCAACGCAUACCCUUCUAAACCCACAGACACAAAAGUGUCAGCAGCAGUGCCAGAGUCAACAUUAAAGCACUCGGUAAGAGAUGAAGGUGAUAGUUCCAAGAAUCAGGAAUUUAAACCCAAUGUUCAAAGUGCUUCUAGUCGCAAAACCAUUAGAGACAAGGAAGUAAGAUCCACCUCAACAAGUGAGAAUCGACCAGAUUAUAUAGAAAAUAGCAGUAAUAAACCGGUGAAUUCAAACACUAAACAGCCUUCACAUGGUCAGAAAGUUGCUCCAAAGCAAAUAGAAAAUGAAGUUACACAGCCAGAAAGUGAAAGGGCUUCAAAGAAAGAAGCGGUUCCAUCUCAGCGUGAUUCAGAUAUGGUUGGAGAUGAAAUUAAAAGAAGCAAAAUGACACAGGAUAAGCCUGUGGAGGAAGAGGAGGAAGAAGAUGAACCUGAGCCAUCUGGAGUGGCACUUAAGUUUGGCGUGGGAGUGGCGCUAGUGAUUGUAGCACACGUGGUACUUGUUAAAAAAUGGAACUCUGAUGAGAAUCUUGCAGCACCCGAUACUUCAGAUGCUUCACAAACUGUACCACAGAUGGAACAGCAACAGAUAUCAAAACAGAUUCCACAGAUUCUUCUGGAAACAGAAACUGAAAAGGAUUCUGAGGAAAGCAGUUACUUAUCUAGUGAAUAUAUAACUCGCAGACAAACGUUGUUACCAGAUGAUUUAGUACACGAUUCGCCCCAAAGAGAAUUGGAAGAAUCGGAAUCUUCUGUGCCAAGUGAAGAAGAUAGUGAUGAUGGCCAGGAGGAAUUUAUUUUCAAACAAAAUGUAUAUAAAGCUGAGAAUGCUUUCAAGGCUUCCCACAGAGAUGAAAAGCCUUUCAGUGAAGAAAAACCUUACAAGCAGCAGAGUUUUGAGGAACUUCUGAAAAAAUAUCAUGAACACACUCCUGAAGGAAGUGACAUUGAAUCUGAUGAAGAUGAGCAGGAAGAAGAAGAAGAGGAGGAGGAGGAGGAUGAUGAUGAAAGAGAUCUUGAUGAUGAUGAUGAUGAUGAUGAUGAGGAUGAACCAAUUGAUGAUGAAGAUGACAUUGACAAUGAAGAUCCAGAAGAUGAAGAAGAAAUUUUAGGAAACAAAGGCCAAGGUUCCAAAAUCUCCACAACUCCAGACACUGAAGACACAUCACCCCGAAAAUUUGUAGUAGAUACUCAGAAGGAACAGAGAAUAGCAUCUGUGGAACAAGAAUCUGGAAAUCAUGAAGAAGGUGAAAUGCUUGCUGGAGGAAAGGAAGAGGAGGAACCUGAAGAGGAAGAUGCAGGAGAGCUCGAUUCUGAAGAUGACAGUCUUGGGGAAAAUUUUAAAUACUACCAGCUUCCAAAGACAAGGAAAUUGCAGAGAGAAGAAGAUGAUGAAUCUGGAAGUGACAAAGAGAUUCCUGUAGUGAAAAGCAAAAUACCAAAGAACAUGGGUGGACAAAAUGCACAGGUUUAUUCCAAGGCUGAUAUAACUAAUGAUGAUGACUGGCACAUCAUUGAAGAUUUGGACGGGGCUGAUGAUGAUGCAGAAGAGAAUCCUGAGGUUGCCAUUCAUAGAUACGAUACAAUCCUAAAAUCACACCCAAAUUCACCCAGAGCCUGGUAUGGAAAAGCCACUGCCCUUGAUCAGCUUGCUGCAAAGAAGAAGAGUAACUUCAUUUUGGAACAAGCUAUUGAUGCUUACAAAAAGGUGACAUCGGGACUGAGCAGUGUAAAAGACAAACUCUUCAUUUUAGCUGCUGAACGCUGCAUUGACAGGAUGCGUUUCAGAGGUGUACAUGCAAGAGCUGUCCCAAUUCAUAAAUUGUUGAUAGCAAGGUUUCCAGAUGACCCAGCUUAUCAAAAUCAGCUUGCUGUGACAUACUUAAUGAUUAACAGGAGCCCAGAAGCAAAACAAGUAUUAGAGAAUGUCUUGCAGAAAUGGCCAAAGAAUGGAUUUGCCCAAGUACAUUAUGGAUUUAUCUUGAAGACUGGGAAUUACAACAUGACAAAAGCUGUCAGAUACCUACAGGAGGGAAUUGCCACCCGGGAACCUGGAACUAUAGAUGGACGUUUUUUCUUUCAGUUGGGAGAUGCACUUAUGCGUCUUGGUCGAAGGAAGGAAGCAAUGGAAGUAAAUGAACUUGGUGUUAGGGAAGGUUUGUUUCUGUCUAAAUAUCAGAGGUCACUCUACAAUGUAGACAGGCUUCGUGCUCAGCCUUGGUGGACACGAGAGGAGACCACUUAUGCACCAUACUUCAGGAAACUGGAGGAGAAUUGGAAGCAGAUAAAAGAUGAAGGUGUGAAGGCACUGUAUGAUAAAAAUAAAAAUUUAUUCAGAGAUGAAGCAGAAAAUCUGAAGGAUUCCGGCAAAUGGAAGCAGUUAGAAUUGUUUGCCAGAGGCCGGAAGGUUCCAACAAAUUGUGCCAAAGCUCCAGUGACUUGCAAAUUAAUUGAAGACUUUCCUGCCGCAAGAGACUGUCGUCGGGGGCAGGUGAAGUUCAGUGUUAUGGACCCAGGUACUCAUGUGUGGCCUCACUGUGGACCAACCAAUUGCCGUCUACGUGCUCAUCUUGGACUUGUUGUGCCAAAGAAUACAUUCAUAAGGGUUGCUGAUGAGACGAGAACAUGGGAAGAGGGGAAGCUUUUUAUAUUUGAUGAUAGUUUUGAACAUGAAGUGUGGCAUAAUGGAACAACAACAAGAUUAGUGCUUAUUGUUGACGUGUGGCAUCCAGAGCUGACAAUGGAAGAAAAACGCACCUUACCUGCUAUAUGAUAGCACAGAAUGAAGAUCUGCCAAAGAAACCUUACAUAGCUGUAGAAGAUAACUGCAGGAGGAGAAUCUUGAGGCUGAGAAUAUGUUGUAAAUGCUAGUCAGAGAAUCUUGGAAAAUGAGACAACCUUAUCUCAAUUGUACUUACCCAAUGUAAAAUGAUACAUUGUUAUGAUAGCAUAAUGAGGUAAACAUGGAAUGACUGGGUGUAAUGUUGAUGAGAAUGUUACCAUAGAGAGAUAUUCAAAGAUAUGGGUUAUUUUGUGCAGUAUUGAUUUAUGUAAUGUGAUGAUGAUCAGAGAGGGCUCAGGGAAUAAAUGGAAUUAUAGUUCUUCCUGUGGCUUCAUAUUUAUGAACGUAAAUAUUUUAUAUGUGAUUUUAUAUGGUAUAAAGAUAAAUCUGUUCUUUCAGUAGACUGUUGAUGUUUUUAUGCUUAGCUUUUGUUCCCUGAAAGAAUUUAAAAUUUUAAUAUUUGUCCUAGCUCUUCUUUUGCUUUAGUAACCAUGUUGUUGUUGUAUCAGAUCUGUGCAACUAGUUAAGGGAUGCUUGAAUUGCUAAACUAUGUGAACUGUAUUUCUUCAAAUAUGGAUGAUAUGUGAAAAUGUGAUGUAAUUGUUUGUAAAGAAACAUUAAACACUAUCGUAAAAGAUAUUGUCACACUGAUAACAGAAUGUCAGUUAGGAAGUAGUGAGACCGUCCUGUUGUUAAGUAGGUAGCUUUGCUGCCCCGCAGUAAAAAUGUAUCAGAACUUAUGAUAAUGAUGUUAUACACAAGAUAAAUGCUCAAAAGACUGUGUAGCAGUGUCCUGUGGAUUUUAUUUUUACUGGAAUGUUUAAGUGAGUUCAUUUUUUAUAAGUCUUGUUGUACAAGUGCCUUUUGAAUAAUGAAUGCCAAAAAUUGCAUUAAAAUUUUGUAAUAAAAAAAGGUCCAUCCAAUAUAAAA